UUUCCAGUUUUGGUCGGUGACGAAGGAUGAUCCGUACUCUGACCUCUCGUUCGAAUGUCAUUCGCCGCGCGUCGGUGCGCUCGUUCUCGGCUGCCCCUGAACGCGUCCCAUUGUUCAUCAACGGUGAAUUCGUGCAAUCGAAGACCAACAAAUGGAUUGACCUCCGCAACCCGGCGACCAAUGAAGUGAUCUACCAAGUCCCCCAAGCCACGCAUGAAGAAAUGCGCUUGGCGACUGAAUCGGCUGCUGAAGCAUUCAAGACGUGGAAGGAAGUUCCGGUGCAGCAUCGUCAACGCAUCAUGUUGAAGUUGCAAGCGCUUAUCCGCGACCACACCGAAGAAUUAGCUCAAUCCAUCACGUUGGAACAAGGCAAAACCUUACCCGACGCCCGUGGCGACGUGUUCCGCGGUUUGGAAAUCGUGGAGUCUACUUGCAAUUUGGGCAACCACCUCAUGGGUGAAACCUUGGGCAACUUGGCGAGCUCCCUCGACACCUACUCGUACAAGCAGCCUUUGGGGGUGUGCGCCGGUAUCUGCCCUUUCAACUUCCCUGCCAUGAUUCCUCUGUGGAUGUUUCCCGUGGGCAUCACGUGCGGUAACACGUACGUGCUGAAGCCAUCCGAGAAGGACCCUGGUGCUUCUAUGAUCCUCGCUCGUUUGGCCAAGGAAGCUGGGGUACCUGACGGUGUCUUGAACAUUAUCCAUGGCGCCCACGAUGCUGUGAACUUCAUCUGCGACGCCCCCGAAGUCCGUGCCAUCUCGUUCGUCGGUGGCAACAACGCCGGUGAAUACAUCCACGCUCGCGGUACGGCAAAUGGCAAGCGCGUGCAAGCAAACUUGGGCGCCAAGAACCAUGCCGUGAUUAUGCCCGACGCGGACAAGGAACAGACGGUGAACGCUUUGGCGGGUGCUGCCUUUGGAGCUGCUGGCCAACGCUGCAUGGCGUUGUCUGUAGUCGUCUUUGUUGGUGAGUCCAAGGAAUGGAUUCAUGACAUUGUGGCCAAGGCCAAGACUUUCACCGUGAACGGCGGAUUGGAACCCAACACGGAUGUUGGUCCUUUGAUUACCCCAGAAUCGAAGAAGCGCGUGGAAGACUUGAUCCAAGCCGGCAUUGACCAUGGCGCCGAACUCCUCUUGGACGGCCGUGGUGUCAAGGUGCCGAAGUACCCCAACGGUAACUUUGUCGGUCCCACCAUCUUGAACAACGUGAAUGCGACCAACCCCGCAUACACCGAAGAACUCUUUGGCCCCGUACUCGUCUGCACCAGCGUUGACUCGCUCGACGAGGCGUUGAAGGUGAUCAACACGAACCCGUACGGCAACGGCACGUCCAUCUUUACCCAGAGCGGCGCUGCCGCUCGCAAGUUCCAGCAUGAAGUGGACGCUGGUCAAGUCGGCAUCAACGUGCCCAUCCCUGUGCCGCUCCCAUUCUUUUCGUUCACAGGCUCCCGCCACUCGAUCCGCGGGGACAUCCACUUUUACGGCAAGCAAGGUGUCAACUUCUUCACGCAAACUAAGACGAUCACGGCCCAAUGGGAAUUCGGCAGCAAGACGCAGUACGGCACCGUCAUGCCGACGUUGGGCACGAAGAAGAAGUAAGUGCGGCGCAAGAGCUCCGCCUGCUCAUAUAGCGUAUAUAGACCAUAAUCCAGUGCAACCUCCUUGCACUGUUAUGAAGGCAACAAAUCUUGUUCUGGUCCGUGCCAUUGAACGUAUCCAC